GCAUUCUCUAGCAUUAUUAUCGUAUUCCUGCCUUUGUCUCCUCCUUGUUCUCGUGCUUGUGUGUAUGUGUGCAUACCCUCCUAGACCCUCGUCACCAUGAAGCUCUCGACCUCCCUCUCCGCCAUUGCAGGUCUCACCGCCAGCACCGCAGCGAGCAACACACCCAUCGACGAACCACCCUCCUCCCACCUCUUCCAGAACCCCGACCCCUCCUUCUUCUCCUCCUCCCAGCAGCAGCAGCAGCAGCGCAUCCCAACCUCGUACGAGUCCGCCGUCCUGGGCCGACGCAUCCUCGCCCUCACCCCGCUCGCGACCCUCUCCACCGUCUUCCCAACCUCCUACGCCACCGCCGCCGAGGAUGCCGAUGGCCUACCACAGAGCAUCCUAAUGGAGCAACGGCCCGCAGGCCUGGGAGGUGUGCCGAUCGGACUGAUGGAUUACAUUGCCGACUGUGACCCGGCGCCGUUGCUUUCGUUGUCGUCGUCGUCGUCUGAGGAGGAGGGAGGUGAGAAGACGUCGCUGGGCAAUGGGGACCCGACGAUCCUGGCCAUCCAGAUCGCCACGAGCUUCAAGAAUGUCGAUGCUGGGAGUAAUAUGAGCGUGAGCGUGAACUGGGUGCCACCGUUUCCGCCUAAGAAGAGGAUAGAGUCAGAGGGGAAGAAGAAGAAGAAGAAGGAGAAGGAGUCGUCACGAGGCUUGCUAGGGUGGGCAAAGAGCUGGCUCUUUGAAAAGAAGGAGGAGUCCAGCAACAACAGCAACAAAAAGAAUCACCACGGCAGUCACCACGACGACGACGAUCACGGUCACGACGACCACCACCACCACCACCAUCACCACUACGACCCCGUCCCCUACUCAGCCGCCAACCUCCCCCGCUUCUCCCUCCUGGGCUACCUCGAGCCCAUCCUCCCGCUCCCCACCAACACCACCGCCGCAGCCGAAGCCCUCCGGUCCUGCUUCCUCAGCGCCCACCCAGACGCCAAGUACUGGCUCCCCGGGAACCGGAUCCACGAGAGCGAGUGGGUGCGGCUGGUCGUCACCCAGGUGUACUGGAUCGGCGGGUUCGGCGACCGGGCGUAUAUCGGGUGGAUCCCCGUCGAGGAGUGGCGCAAUGUGACGCGCCAGGAGUGGGAAGGGGUGAGGCUUCCUGGGGAGAAGGAGGGGUGGGAGGAAUGGAGUGUUGAGGGGGCGGGGGAGGAGGAGAUGAAGAAGAAGGAGGGAGAGUGGGAGUUGUGAAGUUGUGGGCUGUGAGGUUGGUGGAAGAAGAGGAAAGAAAGAAAGAAAGAAAAGAGAGAUUACCAAUAAGAGGGAGGAUACUUCUGUCAAAGGGGGACAUAUAAGAGAAAGAAUAUCGGAGCAUAAAGAAUGUAAUACACCGUUCGCUUGC